ACACUGACUGCCAGUAUUACACAUCUAUUACUGCAUUAUAGAGACACUAGUCUUACAAGCGUUAACUCAUAAUCAUUUGAUUUGAAUCACCAUUUGGUUGGCAUUGCGUUGAUUUGGUUGAACUCCGAGCACAGCUACUAAUGGCACAAAACGACACAAAGACCUACUCUUUGGAGGAAGUGGCCAAACAUAACGAGAAGAAGUCGGUUUGGCUGCUCAUCCACGACGGCGUCUACGAUGUGACCAAAUUCCUCGAAGAGCACCCGGGAGGUGAAGAGGUGCUCAUAGAGCAGGCCGGACGCGACGCCACCGAGUCUUUCGAAGACGUGGGCCACUCAUCGGACGCCAGGGAUCUGAUGAGUCAGUACAAGAUCGGCGAGUUAUGUGAGGAGGACAAGAAGAAGACGAAGAAAAUUCAGGAGAAGAAUCACUGGGGCUCUACUCCGACCCCUUCAGGUGACAGUAGCAGUUGGCGCUCGUGGGCCAUACCCGUCGGCUUUGCUUUAUUUGCUACUUUUGUCUAUAGAUUUUAUUUGCAUUAUUCCGUUUAAAUAUUGAUAACAUUUAAAAUCAAAAACUCAGUCCCAAAUAGUACUGACUUUCUUCCGAAAUGUUUUCUAUUAAAAGCCUUUUAAACAAAAACAAAAGCAUGUCUUUGAUUACAAUUUAAUAAUCAGCCCUUGAUUUCCAUUCUGUAAUCGGUUUCUCGUCCUAAUCCACACUUUCUCGGUCUAUCCAUAGCUCUAUUGAUUCUUAUGAUUAAUAACGUUUCGUAUUGUAUUUUAUUAUAACUGUAAUAUUUGUC